AUGCAUUUAUCCACCGCACAGAGGUUUCUGCAUACGCUUCUCUCUGUCCGUCCAGCUGUAAGUGCGCGCCGUGACUGUCAGUACCACUUCCGUUGUAUGAUCGAUACAGCGAGCGGCGCGCUCGCAGCCGGCACCAUUGCGUCUCCGUGGAGCGCGGCGGCCGGCGCGCCCGACACCAACGGCUCGGGCGGCGCCGACGCCAAGCAUCUCGACGUGGGCGACGCGAGUGACGAUGAAAAGGAUUUGUCUGCCGCGGACGCGGAGGGUGUAUGGAGCCCGGACAUCGAGCAGAGCUUCCAGGAGGCGCUGGCUAUUUAUCCACCAUGCGGUCGUCGCAAAAUUAUUCUCUCCGACGAGGGCAAGAUGUACGGAAGGAACGAGCUCAUAGCGAGAUAUAUUAAAUUAAGAACAGGAAAGACCCGCACAAGAAAACAAGUGUCGUCUCACAUACAGGUGCUGGCCAGGCGGAAGCUGCGCGAAAUCCAGGCCAAACUCAAAGUGGACGGUGGGGUGAUGAAAGAGAAGGCGAUGCAGUCUAUGACCACACUGUCAAGCGCACAGAUAGUUGCGGGCUUGCCGCAUCCGGCGUACCACCAUACGCAAUUUUGGCAACCUGGACUGCAAGCCGGUACCUCACAAGAUGUGAAGCCGUUCCCCGGCGCCGGAUACAAGGGCGUGGGUGGCAUGGGCGUGGGUGUGGGCGUGGGUGGCGCGCCCGACGUGGCGCCGCCGCCCUGGGAGGGCCGCGCCAUCGCCACGCACAAGCUGCGCCUCGUCGAGUUCUCCGCCUUCGUCGAGCACCCGCGGGACGCCGACACGUACCCCCCAAGUACGGCGCCGGCGCAGCACCUUUUCGUCCACAUAGGCGGCACGGUCACGUACGCGGAUCCUUUAUUAGAAUCAGUGGACGUGCAACAGAUAAACGACAAGUUCCCAGAGAAGAAGGGCGGCCUCAAGGAGCUGUACGAGAAGGGACCAAGGAACGCGUUCUUCCUCGUCAAGUUCUGGGCAGACCUUAACACCAACAACCUCGAUGACCCUGGUGCAUUCUACGGAGUUACAAGUGUGUACGAGAGUAACGAGAAUAUGACGAUCACGUGCAGCACGAAGGUGUGUUCGUUCGGCAAGCAAGUGGUGGAAAAAGUGGAAACGGAGUACGCGCGGUUCGAAGCCGGACGCUUCGUGUACCGCAUACAGCGCUCGCCCAUGUGCGAGUACAUGGUCAACUUCAUACACAAGCUCAAGCACCUGCCCGAGAAGUACAUGAUGAACAGCGUGCUCGAGAACUUCACUAUACUGCAGGUGGUGUCAAAUAGAGAUACCCAAGAGACAUUGUUGUGUGCGGCGUUUGUGUUUGAAGUGUCGAACAGUGAGCACGGCGCACAGCACCACAUCUACAGGCUCGUCAAAGACUGA